UUUUAGGCUAUAAUGUUUUAUUUAGUAAAAAAUAAGUAAACUGUGUGUAACGAAAAAAAAUCAAAAAAAAUUUAGAGAGUAGGAACCUUUGUUGGUGCAGUGUCGGAGUGAGUCGAGUUAAAUUUGCUGUGGGACCCAAACAGUGACAAGCGUGACAGCAACGUACAUGGAUAGUAGAAGUUUCAUUAUUUUAAUAUAAAAAGAUUUAAGCCAUCACAAGUUCUCUCUGUAGAAUGGAAACCCUGCAGAGAAGAGUGAUCAGUGAGGAUACGGUUCAGUACAAACUGUUCCUGGUCCAAACAGACGAUCCAUCGUCACAGCAGACAGAGGAACAUCUCACACAACUAGCGGAGCAGAUUUUAGCAAACGUUGCUCCGCUUUUGAUUCAAUUCAUUUGGCAGAAUCAGCCAUUUAACCUCAGAUAUCACUCGGAGAAAGGGGGCGUCCCUGCUCACAUUGGAGGCAGCACUCAGUUUGGGGAUAACGUGGAGGACGAGUGGUUUAUUGUUUACCUACUGCAGCAAAUCACGGAGAACUUCCCCCAGCUCGCAGCCAGAGUUGAGGACAAUGACGGUGAGUUUCUUCUGAUCGAAGCCGCAGAUUAUCUCCCCAAGUGGUUGAAUCCUGACACCAGCGAAAACAGGGUGUUUUUCUAUCAGGGAGAAUUACACAUCCUUCCUUGUCCGUCCAAAUCCAGUCCACUGGGAAUUGCCAAGGAUGUGGUACCCAGUGUGGCACAGGCUCUGUCGUUGCUCUACACCCAGCCUGACGCCUGCAGAGCAAGUCCAAAAAUAACUGCUGCUGUGAAGAAACGAUUAGAAGGGUAUCCAGAGAAGAUUGGAACCAAUCUCCAUCGUGCUCAUUGCUUCGUACCUGCGGGCGUCGCUCAGGUGUUGACACUAAGACCAGACCUGGUCGCUCCUGCAGUGUCAGCCUUUUAUCUGCGGGAUCCAGUAGAUCUACAGGCGUGCCGGAGCUUCAGGACGUUCCCUCCUGACACGCGGGUCUUGACCUCGGUGACGUUCACCCGCUGCCUGUACGCUCAGCUGCAGCAGCAACACUUCAGCCCCGACCGGAGGAGUGGCUUCUCUCUGCCUCCGAGUUCCCAUCCUCAGUACAAAGCUCACGAGCUGGGAAUGAAACUGGCCCAUGGCUUUGAGAUUCUGUGUUCUAAAUGCAGACUGCCGUCGUCUGAGCCCGACGCCCCCGUCAGCUGUAACCCUCAGUGGAAAGGAUUCCUGGGCAGUCUGAAGAGCAACGGCUACUUCAGGGAAGAACUGGAAGGUUCCGCUCGGUGGAGAGAACUGAUGAGAUCUGCAGAAAACUUUUUCAGACAAUCAGUGGCUUCAUCGUCAUGUGUUCUGUCUCCAGGUCAGGAGGUUCUUCAGACCCUGCGCAGCUGCAGCGCUCCCAGUGUGGAGGAGCUGAAGACGCAGGAGUCGCAGCUCCCCCAAGAGGACAGUGACAGCUGGCUGAACAUCACAGCUCAGGAUCUGGAGCAGAUGCUGCAGGAGAGGAGCAGUGGUCAGGUUCAUGUCAGCGGCCAGAACUCCAGCCAACAGAUGAGCUCGCAGGUCAGACGUGUGUCGGACGAGAAGGAGGAGGAGAAGGAGGAUGAGCAGGAGAAAGACAGCAGCUACAGCCUGGUAGCCGUCAGUCAGGGGAUGAAGAACUUCCUCAGUGCCAUGUCGUCACACGAGGGCGCUGAACUGCCCUGGAGCAGCUCCUGUCGUCCGUUCAGCCUGGAGCCUGACGUCAUGGCCGGUGCUCUGGACAAACUGCUGGGAGGUGAAGAAAAAGAAGAAGAAGAACUGGAUUCAGAUGAUCUGGAUGAGGAUGAGGAGGACGAUGAGGAGGAAGAAGGUGAAAAUGAAGAGGAGGAGUCUUUGGGCCACGAUGAGAUGAACGGAGCAGAAAGUUUGGACAGUCUGAGGAGAUACAUGGACCAGAUGGACCAGGAGCUGAUGGACACUAAUGUUGGGAAAAGCUUCAGUAAUCACAACAAGGCAGCCUCAGUUCACGCCCCCGGCUCCGACGCUCUCCCAGGAGAGGGAGGUGAAGAGGAGGAGAUCCAGCCUCUGGAUGUGGACUUGAACCUGAUCUCCAACCUGCUGGAGUCUCUCAGCUGUCAGGAAGGUCUGGCUGGACCGGCCUCCAACCUGCUGCAGAGCCUGGGGCUGCACCUGCCGCCAAACUCUGACGGCCAGCAGUGAGCCGCACAGACGGUUCUGGACGGG